AGCUCACUUUCCUCACUCAAGCUUCGAGAACCACCAUUUCUUGAAAAUACCCCAAUUGAUCUCCCACAUUCAUACAGCAGAAUUCCCCCUCCUGCUUCCAUCAUUCUUGUGUCCAUAUUCCCUCCAUACCUAAUUAUUAUCCUUUUUCCGCGAUUAUAGAAAAGAUUCCCUAGACACGACGAAAUAUUCCAGCUGCAUCGCAGCUUGUAUCUGCGCUCUCAUCUGCUCCUGCUCCUGCUCUUGACUGAGUAUCUGGAGUUUGGCGAAUAGAAGCCAGCUAGAAGCGCCCACAAAAUAAUUUCCACAAUGUACGGAACCUCAACCGGCCCUCAGACGGGCGUCUCUACACCACGAUCAUCCUCCUCCCUUCGACCGUUGGUCCUGACCCAUGGAUCACUCGAACACUCCUUUUUGAUACCCACAAACCUCCACUUCUAUGCCUCCCAAAUUAAAGACCGAUUUCUUGGCUCUCUGCCAGAGCCCACCGAUGAGUUGGCCCAGGACGACGAACCUUCAUCCGUCGCAGAACUCGUCGCAAGAUACUUAGGAUUCGUGGCACAAGAUGUCGAUGAGGGCGAAGACGAUGCGCAAGGUUCAUACGAGGAGGUCUUGAAGCUUGUCAUUAACGAGUUCGAGCGUGCAUUUCUCAGAGGAAAUGAAGUACACGCGCUGGCUGCCACACUUCCUGGAAUCAAUGCCAAGAAGCUGGAAGUGGUUCGAAGCUAUUAUGCUGCUCGUGCUGCCACUGGGAGAACUAUCAAACGCCACGAGUCUGCCCUCUUCCGCGCUGCUAGCGACGAGAGUGCCAAAAUUUACACGGUGUUUGGAGGCCAAGGAAACAUUGAGGAAUACUUCGACGAGCUCAGAGAGCUUUACAAGACAUACCCCUCUUUUGUAGAGGAAUUGAUUGUCUCUGCUGCAGAGUUACUUCAGACUCUUUCUCGAGACCCGAGAGCAGAGAAGCUCUAUUCGAAGGGUUUGGAUGUCAUGACAUGGCUACACGACCCAGAAUCCACUCCUGACGUUGAUUAUAUGGUGUCUGCACCAGUCAGUUUCCCACUGAUUGGCCUUGUGCAACUUGCACAUUAUACCGUCACCUGCAAAGUCCUGGGUCUUACUCCUGGACAACUCAGAGAGCGCAUCAGCGGAACGACUGGUCAUUCUCAGGGUAUUGUUUUGGCUGUUGCAACGGCGGCUGCAGACUCGUGGGAAUCCUUCGACGAUAUCGCCAUCUCUUCUCUCACCAUCCUCUUUUGGAUUGGAUCUCGAAGCCAGCAGACAUACCCACGAACUUCUCUGGCUCCUUCGAUUUUACAAGAUUCAGUCGACAAUGGCGAAGGAGUCCCAACACCCAUGUUGAGCAUUCGCGACUUAUCCCAAGCUCAAGUACAGCAACACAUCGAUGCGACCAAUCAAUAUCUUCCCGAAGACAGACAUAUCGCAAUCUCGUUGAUUAACAGUGCGCGAAACAUGGUUGUCACUGGUCCUCCAAUCUCUCUUUAUGGUCUCAAUUUGCAGCUGCGAAAGGUCAAAGCUCCCACUGGUCUUGACCAAACUCGAAUUCCCUUCACUGAGCGAAAAGUCCGAUUUGUCAACAGAUUCUUGCCUAUCACAUCUCCUUUCCACAGCAAGUAUCUAUCGAAUGUCCCCGAGCAUCUCAGUGAAGAUCUUAAGGAUAUCAAGAUACCUAGCAAGAGCCUGGGCAUUCCUGUGUAUGAUACAAAUACCGGAAAGGAUUUGCGAACACAAGUCAAGGGUGACAUUGUCCCGACACUCGUCCGACUCAUCACACACGACCCAGUGAACUGGGAGAAAGCAACAGUUUUUCCCGAUGCAACGCAUGUUCUAGACUUUGGUCCAGGCGGUAUUUCCGGUCUUGGUGUUUUGACCAGCCGCAACAAGGAUGGUACUGGUGUUCGCGUAAUCCUUGCUGGUGCUGUCGACGGCACUGUUCCAGAAGUUGGAUAUAAGCCUGAACUUUUCGACCGUGAUGAGGAGCAUGCAGUCAAAUAUGCUAUCGAUUGGGUCAAGGAACAUGGCCCUCGACUUAUCAAGACAUCAACUGGCGAGACAUACGUUGACACAAAGAUGAGUCGUUUGUUGGGAGUACCACCUGUCAUGGUCGCUGGUAUGACUCCUUGCACAGUUCCUUGGGAUUUCGUUGCAGCUACAAUGAAUGCCGGAUAUCAAAUCGAAUUGGCUGGUGGUGGUUACUACAAUGCCAAGACAAUGACCGAGGCUUUGAGAAAGAUUGAGAAUGCUACACCCGCUGGGCGUGGUAUCACUGUUAACCUCAUUUACGUCAAUCCUCGUGCUAUGCAGUGGCAAAUCCCUCUCCUUGGCCAAUUGCGCUCAGAAGGCGUUCCAAUUGAAGGUUUGACGAUCGGAGCGGGAGUGCCUUCCAUCGAGGUUGCUCAGGAAUACAUUGAGACACUUGGAUUGAAGCAUAUUGCUCUCAAGCCCGGUUCCGUGGAAGCCAUUCAAGCCGUUAUCAAUAUUGCCAAGGCCAACCCUACUUUCCCAGUCAUUCUUCAGUGGACUGGAGGUCGUGGAGGUGGCCAUCAUUCCUUUGAAGAUUUCCAUCAACCAAUUCUCCAGAUGUAUGGUCGUAUCAGACGAAGUGCCAACAUUAUCCUCGUUGCUGGUAGUGGGUUUGGCGGUGCUGAGGACACAUACCCCUAUCUAACUGGUACCUGGUCUGGGAAAUUUGGUUACCCACCCAUGCCCUUCGACGGAUGUCUCUUUGGCAGUCGCAUGAUGACUGCUAAGGAAGCACACACCAGCAAGAACGCCAAGAAAGCAAUCACUGAGGCAGAAGGUCUCGAUGACGCCCAAUGGGAGAAGACCUACAAAGGACCAGCUGGAGGUGUUAUCACUGUCAGAUCUGAAAUGGGUGAGCCCAUCCAUAAGCUCGCCACCCGAGGUGUCAAAUUCUGGGCUGAGAUGGAUGCCAAGAUCUUCAGCUUGCCAAAGGAGAAGCGUGUCCCUGAACUGAAGAAGAACCGCGAGUACAUCAUCAAAAAACUGAACGAUGAUUUCCAGAAGGUUUGGUUCGGCCGCAACAAAGCUGGGGAGACGGUUGACCUCGAGGACAUGACUUAUGGCGAAGUCGUCCGCCGAAUGGUGGAUCUGAUGUUUGUCAAGCACGAGUCUCGUUGGAUCGACAAGUCUUAUGUCAAGCUCACAGGAGACUUCAUUCGCCGAGUUGAAGAGCGCUUUACUGCUGCCGGUGGCAAGCCAUCCUUGCUACAGAGUUAUUCUGAGCUUGAUGACCCAUAUCCAACCGUCGAGAAGAUCCUCGCUGCUUACCCCGAAUGCGAAACUCAACUUAUCAACGCUCAAGACGUCCAGCACUUCCUCCUCCUUUGCCAACGCCGAGGUCAGAAGCCUACGACAUUCGUCCCAGCUUUGGACGAGAACUUCGAGUUCUAUUUCAAGAAGGAUUCCCUUUGGCAAUCUGAAGACUUGGAGGCAGUCAUCAACCAAGAUGUCGGCAGAACUUGUAUCUUGCAGGGUCCAACCGCUGUGAAGUACUCGAAAAUCGUGGAUGAGCCCAUCAAGGAAAUUCUGGAUGGCAUUCACCAUGCUCAUAUCAAGGGUCUUACCCAAGAUAUCUAUGGUGGUCAAGAGUCUUCAAUUCCAGUCAUCGAAUACUUCGGUGGCGAGCUCAUUGAUCCCGAAGAAGAAACAGAUGUGGAAGGUCUCACUAUUUCCCAAGAUACACACAAGACAACAUAUCGCUUGUCAGCAUCUCCCACGGCAACCCUUCCAUCUGUUGAGACAUGGAUAUCUCUUCUUGCUGGUCACAAGCGAUCUUGGCGGUACGCAUUAUUUACCUCUGAGGUCUUUGUGCAAGGACAGAAGUUUCAGACAAACCCCAUGAAGCGAAUCUUCUCGCCAGUACGAGGCCUGUUUGUCGAGAUCCUGCACCCGAACGAGCCAUCAAAGACUGUCAUCACAGUUAAGGAGCAACCUAGACCCAACCACUACGUACAGGUCAUUGACGUUCGAUGCACUAGCGAGAAUGAGAUCUCGGUCAACAUGAUCAAAGAUACUACUGCCGUUGGCAAACCAGUUCCUUUGCCCCUCCUUUUCACCUACCACCCAGAAGCCGGCUACGCACCAAUUCGAGAAGUCAUGCAGGGACGCAAUGACAGGAUUAAGGAAUUCUACUGGCGUGCAUGGUUUGGUGAUGAAACUCUGGAUCUUGAUGCUCCCGUCACAGGCACAUUUAACGGUGGCAAGGCUACGAUUACGAGCGAAGCUAUCAAUGACUUUGUUCAUGCCGUCGGCAACACUGGAGAGGCUUUCGUCGACCGACCAGGAAAGGAGGUCUUCGCUCCCAUGGACUUUGCUAUUGUAGUAGGCUGGAAGGCUAUCACGAAGCCCAUCUUUCCACGAACUAUCGAUGGAGAUCUUCUCAAGCUUGUCCAUUUGUCCAAUGGUUUCCGUAUGCUGCCAGGUGCUGAGCCACUGAAGAAGGACGACGAAGUCGAGACGACUGCUCGCAUCAACGCUGUCAUUAACCAAGAUUCUGGUAAGAUGGUGGAAGUGUGUGGCACGAUCACUCGUCUAGGCAAACCAGUCAUGGAAGUCACAUCGCAAUUCUUGUACCGUGGCGCUUACACAGAUUUUGAGAACACUUUCCAGAGAAAGACCGAGACUCCUAUGCAAGUUCAUCUUGCAACCAGCAAGGACGUUGCUGUUCUUAGAUCUAAGGAGUGGUUCAGUCUGGAUGAGCCUGAUCAUGAGCUUCUUGGUCAGACCCUUACCUUCCGUCUCCAGAGUCUGGUAAGAUUCAAGAACAAGACUGUCUUUAGCCAUGUCGAGACCAGAGGUCAAGUCCUUCUUGAACUUCCUACCAAGGAGAUCAUUCAAGUUGCAAGCGUCGAGUAUGAAGCUGGAGUGUCUCAUGGCAAUCCAGUCAUCGAUUACUUGGAGCGACACGGUUCAUCCAUCGAGCAGCCAGUCAACUUCGAGAACGCCAUCCCUCUCAGCGGAAAGACACCUCUACUUCUCAGAGCACCAGCAUCCAAUGAGACAUACGCCCGUGUUUCCGGUGACUACAAUCCAAUCCACGUCUCGAGAGUCUUUGCUAGUUAUGCAAGCCUUCCGGGCACCAUCACUCACGGCAUGUACUCGAGCGCUGCUGUCAGAAGUCUUGUGGAGACAUGGGCUGCAGAGAACAAUGUCGGUCGCGUUCGAAGUUUCCAUGCUUCAUUGACCGGCAUGGUUCUUCCAAAUGAUGACAUUGAAGUCAAGCUCCAGCACAUUGGUAUGGUCGCCGGUCGCAAGAUCAUCAAGGUCGAAGCUAGCAACAAGGAGACUGAGGACAAAGUCUUGCUUGGUGAGGCCGAGGUCGAGCAGCCAGUGUCCGCAUAUGUGUUUACUGGACAAGGUUCUCAAGAACAAGGAAUGGGUAUGGAACUCUAUGCCAGCAGUCCAGUCGCAAAGGAGGUUUGGGACAGAGCCGAUAAACAUUUCUUGGACAACUAUGGUUUCGCCAUCACGAAUAUUGUCAAGAACAACCCCAAGGAGCUGACAAUCUACUUUGGUGGACCCCGUGGUAAAGCCAUUCGACAGAACUACAUGUCAAUGACCUUCGAGACUGUAGGAUCGGAUGGUUCAAUCAAGUCAGAGAAGAUCUUCAAAGAGAUCGACGAGAACACUACCUCUUACACCUACCGCUCACCGACGGGUCUCCUUUCCGCAACGCAAUUCACACAGCCUGCCUUAACACUCAUGGAGAAGGCCAGUUUCGAAGACAUGCGUUCGAAGGGUCUUGUUCAGCGCGACAGCAGUUUCGCCGGUCACUCUCUAGGAGAGUAUUCUGCUCUUGCAGCUCUUGCCGAGGUUAUGCCUAUUGAGAGUUUGGUCUCUGUGGUCUUCUACAGAGGUCUCACCAUGCAAGUAGCUGUCGAACGUGACGAGACAGGUCGUUCAAACUACUCCAUGUGUGCUGUCAACCCAAGCAGAAUCUCUAAGACAUUCAACGAGCAAGCUCUGCAAUAUGUUGUUGAGAACAUUGCUGAAGAGACCGGAUGGCUGCUUGAGAUUGUCAACUACAACAUUGCCAACAUGCAAUACGUCUGUGCUGGAGAUCUCCGUGCUCUUGAUACCCUCACUGGUGUCACGAACUACCUAAAGGCUCAGAAGAUUGAUAUCCAACAACUGAUGCAGACUUUGUCUAUCGAGGACGUCAAGGCACAUCUCGUUGAGAUUAUCCGAGAGUGCGCGAAGCAAACAGAAGCCAAGCCCAAGCCUUUGGACCUCCAACGAGGCUUCGCGACCAUCCCACUCAAAGGCAUUGAUGUGCCUUUCCACUCCACCUUCUUGCGAUCUGGCGUCAAGCCCUUCCGAUCCUUCCUUCUCAAGAAGAUCAACAAGACCACUAUUGACCCAAGCAAGUUGAUUGGGAAAUAUAUUCCCAACGUCACCGCAAAGCCUUUCGAGUUGACCAAGGAGUAUUUCGAGGAUGUGUACAGAUUGACAAACUCGCCCAAGAUUGGUGCCAUCUUGGCAAACUGGGAGAAAUACGAGGAGCCGCAGACCAACGGUGUCAAUGGGGUGGUCAAUGGUACGCAUGCAUAGAGAUAUAGAUUUUUGAUUUGGAUGGCGUUGGGAUUUGCAAAGAGC